UUCGUCCGCAGCGACGGGAUGCCGGGCACGCUCCAACGAUCAAGCCCCCGGAUUAAAAGUUCGUCCUUACGUUUAACAUUUAAAAUGCUGGGACAAAAACGGUUUAAAAAUAGCUCAAUUCCCACCUUCCUGUCAGAUCUGCUGGAGACGGAAGAGGGAGACGACAGGGCGGGGAAGAAACCCCCCCCCCCGGGAAGCGACGGCGGGGAGGUGUGGGGGGGGCGCCUGGGAAGGAGACAGCCUGAGCCGGAAUGCGCCUCAACCCCCGGUUUGUUACAUUGUUGCCAUUCCCAGCCGGCUCCAGAAUGUUGUGAAUGGAAGGAUCGCGGAGGAGGCCACGCCCACAUAGAACCUCAUCAGAAGGUCUUUGGUUUCCCUCCUCGCUUGAUUGGCUGGAGGCCUCCCGACCUUUGAUUGACAUCUUUUUCCCAGACAGCCCUGAUUCUUUUAUUUUAUUUCCCUUUUUUUAAAACCCCACAACAUGGGGGCGUGCAUUGUUCCUCCUUGAGUGGCAGCCGAGCGGGGCCAAUCGCCACCUGUCUCUCCCUCCCAGGCCGGCCAAUGGAAAGCGGGCGAAGCGAAAAGGGAGGACUGGAGAACCAGCGGCCGUCGAGCUCAUUGUUGUGGGAGCUCCUUAAAGGAGCCGCAUCCGCCGUCGAUUGAGAGCCUGCCAGCGAGCAAGCGAGCGAGCGGGGGCCGAGUAGACCGGGCCGGACUCGGGCCGCCUUCGCCGGUGGGUUUCCCGGGAAAGCGCUCAGGAGAGGCCGGGGAUUGGUUAGGCCUAUGGAGCCCCCGCCCGCCAAACGCAGGUGCGGUGCCUCGGGGGAGCCGCUCGAAUUUGGAUUCUCCAUGAAUACCCACGUCCCGCCCGGCCUCCCCACAUGUCCGUCAUUGCGGGUGGCCGAGACGUGGGCCUUCGAGCAGGUGGAGGAGCGUUUCUCUCGUGUCCCAGAGCCUGUGCAGAAGCGCAUCGUGUUCUGGUCCUUCCCACGAAGUGAGCGGGAGAUAUGUAUGUAUUCAUCCCUUGGCUAUCAUCCCCCAGAGGGGGAACGCGACUCCCGUGUGCCCUUCAACCGUGGCUUGCACUUGCUACAGUCAGGGGCUGUUGACCGUGUCCUGCAAGUAGGCUUCCAUUUGAGUGGGAUUGUGACAGAGCCAGCAGGCCCCAGUGAGCCUGAGCACAGCUACCAUGUCUCCAUCAGCUUUGACCGCUGCAAGAUCACGUCGGUGAGCUGUGCCUGUGACAACCGGGACAUCUUCUACUGUGCCCACGUGGUGGCAUUGUCUCUGCACCGCAUCCGCCAUGCCCGCCAAGUGGAGCUCCGCCUGCCCAUCUCUGAAACCCUUUCCCAAAUGAAUCGGGACCAGCUACAGAAAUUUGUGCAGUACUUGAUCAGUGCUCAUCACACAGAGGUGCUGCCAACAGCUCAGAGGCUUGCUGAUGAGAUCCUGCUCCUUGGUUCUGAGAUAAACCGAGUACAUGGUGCCCCUGACCCCACAGCUGGUGCUGGAAUUGAGGAUGCAAACUGCUGGCAUUUGGACGAAGAGCAGAUCCAAGAACAAGUGAAGCAGUUGCUCUCCAAUGGAGGUUACUAUGGGGCAAGCAAGCAACUGCAGUCCAUGUUCAACAAGGUGCGCGAAAUGCUGCGAAUGCGGGACUCCAAUGGGGCACGAAUGCUCAUCCUGAUGACAGAGCAAUUCCUGCAGGAUCCGCGCCUGGCACUCUGGCGGCAGCAAGGAGCUGGCAUGACUGACAAGUGUCGGCAGCUUUGGGACGAAUUGGGUGCUCUGUGGGUCUGUGUGGUCUUGAGUCCCCACUGCAAGCUGGAAGAGCGGGCGCUCUGGCUGCAGCUUCUCAAGAAGUGGAAUAAGCUGGACGUCUGUCCCUUGGAGGAGGGGAAUUACUCCUGCGACAGCAUCGGACCGAAUGGCACCUUGCCACCCCACCCAAACCGCAAUGCAGCUGGCGUCCGACAGACGGUCUUCGGGCGGGCCAUCAAGGCUGCCGAGCUUCGGUGGGGGGAUUGCCACCUGCAGAAGAUCCUGAGCAGUGACUGCUAUGGUGUCUCUUUGAAGAGUGGAAGCGACAAGCUGGGCUUCGACCCCCAGGGCCACCCGCUCUGGCUGGGGGAUGCCUUUCCCAUGGCCUGCGCUCGGGUGGAUGCCUUGCGCUCCCACGGCUAUCCCCGCGAGGCCCUGCGCCUGGCGGUGGCUGUGGUCAACGCCAUGCGCUUGCAGCAACGUCAUCAGCUGGAGAGCUACAAGCAGCAAAAGAAAGAGCUGCUGCACAAAGGCACCACCAGCAUCACCAACCUGGAAGGGUGGGUGGGGCACCCUCUGGACCCCAUCGGCUGCCUCUGCCGCACCUUUUUGGAGGCCUGCCGGAUGGAUGACGAGGGGCUUUCCCUGUAUCCAGACUCGACAGCAGAGCCCAAGAAGGCCCUCUACCAACACGUUCCAGUGCCCUCAAGUCCAGGCGAAUCGUACUUCAUGCUAGCCCUGGAGGUAGCGCUGCUGGGGUUGGGGCAGCAGAGGUCGAUGCCGGAGGGUCUCUACGCUCAGGACAAGGUGGUGCGCAGUGAGGAGCAGUUGAUUGGGCUUCUGGAGGAGAUGGAGAUGGAUGAGCGCUUGGUACCUGUGCUCCGCAAGCAAGCAGCCUUGCUCUUGGAGGGGGGGCCCUUCAGUGGCUUUGGGGAGGUCGUGUUCCGCGAGAGUGUUCCCAUGCACACUUUUGCCCGCUACCUCUUCACGGCCAUGUUGCCCUAUGACUCUGAGCUGGCCUACCGCUUGGCACUGCGAGCCAUGAGGCUUCCUGUUUUGGAGACGGUGCUGCCCGCCAGUGACAUCCUGCACCAGAACCCCUUAGACUCUAUGAUGGCCAAUCGCUUCCCCCGCUGGUUUACCCUCGGCCACCUGGAAACACGGCAGUGCGAGCUCGCGUCAGCCAUGCUUACUGCUGCUAAAGGUGACCCCAGUUGGCUUCGUAUGGUCUUGGGUUCCAUCCAGCAACACAUUCAUUCUCCGGCCUUGCUGUUCAAAUUGGCCCAAGAUGCCUGCAAGACUGCCACGCCAGCCAACACACCUCCGGACACUACCUUGCUUAACAUUUCUCUGGAGCUUGGCCUGCAGGUGAUGAGAAUGACACUCAACACCAUGACCUGGCGUCGCAGGGAAAUGGUGCGUUGGCUGGUCAGCUGUGCCACUGAGAUAGGAGUCCAGGCCUUGAUGAACAUCAUGCAGAACUGGUACACCCUCUUCACACCCAUCGAGGCAACAACCAUUGUGGCUGUCACAGGCACCACGCACGCCACGCUGCUCAGGCUGAACCUGAGCGCAGGGCAACGGGACGAGCUGUGCAGCUGUGCCCGGACACUGGCACUGCAGUGCGCCAUGAAGGAUCCCCAGAACUGUGCGCUGCCAGCCCUGACGCUCUGCGAGAAGAACCACGCGGCCUUUGAGGCGGCAUACCAGAUUGUGCUGGACUCUGCAGCCUCAGCCGGCAUGGGCCACUCUCACCUCUUCACCGUGGCCCGGUACAUGGAGCAUCGCGGGCUGCCUCUGCGUGCUUACAAGCUGGCCACCCUGGCCUUCUCCCACCUCAGCAUUGCCUUCAACCAGGACACCCACCCUGCCCUCAACGAUGUCCUCUGGGCCUGCUCCCUGAGCCAGUCCCUGGGGAAGAAUGAGCUGGCCGCCAUCGUCCCUCUGGUCAUCAAGAGCGUGCAGUGUGCGCCGAUGCUUUCUGACAUCUUGCACCGCUGGAGCCUUCCUCCCCCAGCCCUUGCCUCGCUGGGUGGGAGCCGCCGUGGAGCCGGGGGGGCCAGUGCCGGAGGGAAGCUCUUUGCCAUGGACAAGGCCCCGCUCUGCCAGCUCCUGGAGGCAGCCAUGGCAGCCUACAUCAGCACCACGCACUCCCGGCUCACUCACAUCAGUCCCCGGCACUACGGCGAGUUCAUCGAGUUCUUGGGCAAAGCCCGCGAGACCUUCCUUAUGGCGCACGAAGGGCACAGGCGCUUCGGCCAGUUCCUCGACAACCUCAAACAGACCUACAAGGGCAAGAAGAAACUGAUGCUGCUGGUGCGGGAGCGCUUUGGUUAGGCAGCACUUUGGGGAGGGAGUGCUUUGGCUAAGGGGAGGGGGAAGGGGCCAGGCAGCCAGAGGGACAUCUCUCCCCCCCACACACACGAUCAAGAAGCACUUUUGGCUGGGAAAGCGAGGCCGCAAGAUCUGUUUCCCUCGGGGGAGGCGUGAGUGACCAGGCGGAUUUGGAUUUCUGCCUAGAUUCCAAAUUUCUCUGCUUGCAGCUCCGAGAGCACCAAGACUUUGGUCGGGCGGUGAUGCUCUGGGACUGUGAAACUCUUCGGCUUUCGGGCUGGAGACCCUGGCCUGCAACACCUGGAUUGGCCACAGACUCUGUUCAAGUUUGAAGCUCCAGCCCUGUUGCCCGGGCAGGGAAGGAACGUGGGCUCCGGUUUUGUCGGUUGUAGGAGUUGCCAAUUUCAGUAUUAACCUGCAGGAGGAUAACAGGAACCCCUUCCCAUUGUUUGAAGGUUCCGGGACCUAAUAGGGUCUUACAGAGGGUGGGGGACCCAGUCUCAUGGAAUUUCACAGCUGCUGCUCCAAUCCUGUAUUUCAAACCCAGUGGUGGUGGGGUUGGGUUGGCCUCGUUUAUGUAAGUCAGGGUGGGAUGCAUGGGUUUUAGGCUUCCUGUUCCCUGCUUAGUUACCCACAAGCUGUCUCUACCUCCCAGUUUUCCAUGGCCCCCAAGUCCCUUUGUGUCUGCAGUACCAAACCUGUGUUGAAGUCUGUGCGUUCAACACGAGCUGUCACCCCCCCUGCCCCCCCACCCUCCGGACAAGGGUAUGUUACCCACCAAGUCUGGAUACUUCCUUGCACUGACAGCGUUCACAUUUGGGAAGCAUCUGGUGCAGAGCUCCUAAGACCAGAGGCGGGGGGGUCCUUACUGCCUGGGCUACCUUGGCACCAAAUGUCCUCGAACAGGAGUGGUGUAAUGGAGCAACAUCCUGCUGUUAAUGCCAGUUUGCUGGUAAUAAAUGAGAUACUGUUUCGGGUGGGUGGGUUAUGAAUUCUGUGAAGGGGACUGAUGAAUCAGAUGCACUGAGCCAGCAGCUUGCUGUGUCGUUUGUGGAAUGGUACCUCUGGAAGAGAUCUGACGGGCCCUAUGCCCAGUCCUCAUCCCCAUUGUACUCUUCACACUCACACAUACACACACACAAAACUGUUGCUCCAAGCAAAUGGGCUUCUGCGUUCAGUUACACGGGCUUCUUUACAGCUGGGGACCCUCCUCUUCUUCUCCCUCGUUCUCUCAGGCAUGUUUCCCUGCCUCGUCAUGAAAACCUUUCAUAUCUGUCAGUAUUUCAGCUUUCCCUUAGCUGUGCUAAUGGGCCACAGGUAUGUGGGGGGGGGGCGCACAGCUCUAUCCUCUCACCAUCCCUCUUUCACUCUGUUUCCAGCUGACACCCCUCAAGACUCCUACCACUGAAGGAUUCCACUCUCUGUCUCCUCCGGUAUGAAAGCCUGGAGCUGCUGUGGUGGAGACAGGUCAUACCUCAAACUGCCCCCCCCUCGUGUUUCAGUCCAGGACAGCCCUCCUGAGUGGCUGGGCCUACCUGUGAUGUUUCACUGCCCCUCAGGUGCUUGUGCUGACUGGGGUUGCACAUUGACAAAGUGUAUACCCUCCAGUUAUUUCCUUGGGAGGCUCUCAGAGUGAGUCCUCUUGGAUCCCGUUCUGCUUUCUUGGCACCCAUCAAAGCUUGCUGCCCCAGGUCACCUCUUGAGUUUUCUCAUGCGGUAAUCCUGGCCCAGAUGUAGGAGACUAACAUUUCCUAUGGAGCAGGAGGAGGAGGAAAGUUCCAAGGGGCCACGGGCGGGGUGCUAAAUGACAUUUCCAGAAACAUCCAAAAUCUCAUGUUUUGUUUUUUCUUUUCUGCUGGAUAAAAAUCUACUCAGGAACAAACCACAACAAGCUCAUGCUACUAUGAUUAGAUUAUUGUGAAGACGAGAUAAUGUUUAAAAAGUUAAUAUAUAUGAAGAGGCAAGGGUGCCUGGAAGGGCACUCCUUUUUUGUGCGCGCGGGACCAGGGGUUGCGCCCUGCGCUCGGCUCCCUUUGGUCCUUAGUGUUGGUGGAGAUGUUGGUGUGUUGCACAGCUCUGCUCUGGAGCCAGCUAGUGAGUUAGUUUUAAAAGUUUGGGGGGGUUAUUUCUUUGUUUCCCUGUAUUAAGAAAAAAAAAUCCUGUAAUUUUGUAAUUCUUUUCUAUUUAUUGAAUCCUUUAUUGUAUUCUUUUGUAAAGGUUUAACAUAAACCGCAACAUUUGUUU